CACGACACUUGAAAUUUUGUGGCUCCUAAUUUUGUGCCUUGCCAGCCGGCCGUGGUGCACCAGCACAGACUGUCCCACACACAACAUGAAGUGGAUGUCAAUGGAGUUCGUGCUGUUGCUGGUUACUCUUCUGGUUUUUAGUUUAGUCGUUCAAAGGUUAUCACUGAAUCCAAGGUUUUCGUCCAAGGUUGAUUGAUCGGUUGCCAGAGUGAUAGCAAACGGACGCUUAGUAGCUAGUAGUAUUGUAGUCUCUAGAGUACCGAUAGUGGAACAAUCUCCAAAGUUUUCUUUACAAGAGUAGGGACUGUUCCGUUGUUGCUUUCUUCAUCAAGCUAGCAAGGCUCAUUCCGUCGGAGCCCGAAAAACCUCACGGGUUGGAUCCCAUCUUGCGUUGGACUGAGUUGAAACGUCAGAGUCCCACAACAGUAACAACCACAACAACCACAACAAGAAACCACCUGGACCUCUUGCGGUUUCCUCCAUCUUGGCGGUCGCUUCCACCGUUCCACUCACAAAACUCAUUGAUUGACUGAGAACAAGAACACAACAACAACAACAACAACAACAAGAACCAUGCCGACCAAACAAAUCUCUCCCGCCGCAUCUCCCAGUUCUUCCUCGUCUCCUUCGGCUGCGCCAUCAUCGAAUGAAGUGUUGACGACAUUUUCUCCCAAAAAGUCUGUCUUUCGCCGUCGCAAGCGGACAUCCUCCAACACGGUGCCCACGUACACACGCUCUCUCUCGUCGUCGCAACUCUCGUUGGAAGAAGCCAUUCCCAAGAAGAAAAAGAGUCUACUCAAACGACUCCUCAAAUACAGCGGAGGCGGCAGCAGCAGCAAAUCGAUGCACAAACAACAACUCAUUAUUGCGACACACCCCGAAGUGGAGGAAGACGAUGAUGACACGGAAGAACGUUGCCAUUUGGACAAUGGAGAAGAAGAAGAAGCCAUUGCCUUGGAUUCACGGGCGUGUGACGAACGCAACAAUGAACUCUACGAACAAGCCAUGGCUACUUGGACACAAGCAUUAGCGUUGGUCAAGGAGGUUCGAUUGACGCAUCAAAUCAAGUGUCGCAUGAUUUCACUUCACCUCUUCCUCCAUGCUUCUAGUAGUAGUGAGCUUCAUUUGGAACGCGCCAAUCAAUUGAUUUCCGAAUUGGAGCCAUUGGAAGAUGACGAUGGUGCGGCAUUGGCAUUGGAAGGAUCACCCCUAUUGUUGGAGUUAUUGAUGAAACAUUCUUGCUGGGCGCUCGCGCUGCAAGUGUCCCAUUCCAUGCCUCAUAUGGACCCACUUGUCUUAGCGAGACUUCAUUUGGAAGUGGCACUCGAAGGAGGAGAAGAAGCCAUCGAAAAAUAUCACGAUGAAGAAGAUGAACUAGACGAUCCCCUGUUGGGUGAAAAACGAUUCCAACAAUUGUCGCACCUAUCCGAAUGCCAUCAAUUGCUCUUGUCAUUACACGCCAACGCCAAUGAAACUACUUACCAAACACUCUGGCAGGAAUUGGCACAAGCGUACGGUGUCAUGGGUGAAGAUGAACUCGCACUGGGAUGUUCGCAAUCACGGCUCAGUCAUUUGACAUCACCCCUCGAAGUCGCAUUGGCGCAUUACGAUCAAGCACUCAAUGUACUGGCGCCAGUUGGACAGUACGAAUUGGCACUCAAGGAAGCCGAGUUGGCCUUGGAUACAUUGCAACGCGCAUUUUCACCGCAGCAGCCCGCGUCCACCAAUACGAUUCUAGCCGACACUAAAGAAGGCGUCGAGGAAGGUGACGAGGUGGAUUUGUUGUGGAUUCGGCUCUAUCAAUUCAAGGCGGAUGUAUUGUGUCGCAUGGGACGACUCAUGGAGUCGAUUCACAGUUAUGAACGACUCUUGCAGUGCUACAAGUCUUCCUCUACGCAUGGGCCCGCGGAUGCCGCCAAUGUCUUGUACAUUUUGGGCAAACUGUCGGUUCGGGCCAAGCAAUUCCACGCCGCACUGGAUUACUUUGAUGAAGAACUGACAAUGACCAAGAGCGUGGUGGGGCACACCCAUUUGGCCAUUUCCAAAAUUCUACACGAAUCUGCUCGUGUCGCUGAUGCCGGCAUGAUGGAUUAUCCCCGGGCGGUGCGCUAUUACCAAGAAGCCUUGCAAGUCGAGACACGCGUCUACCAACAGUCCAAACAAGAAAAUGGGACGUCGCUCCUGCAAGAUGCCAAGGCGCAAAUGGGGGAGACCAAACAGUGCUUGGGAAAGUUGCAUUUCAAGAUGGGGGACUUUACCAAGGCCAUGAAGACCACCUUGGCGGUGGACAAGUAAAACAAAAAGGCUGCUCAUCAAUUUGGCAUGUCUUUGUCUGAGAUUGUAUUGUACGGUAGGCCUUCUGAGCUCUUUUUGUGUUAAAAAGAAAAAGAGACAGGAUGUAACAUGAUUUUCAAUUUCGAGGAAGAAAGAUGCAGCAUUCUACAAAAAGAAUCAUACCAGUAGUGUAACAAAUACAGUAAGCUGCACCUACAGUAU